AUGGCCAUGAACGAAGUGAAGGAGAUCAAACAGGAGAGUAAUCCAGCCGUCGAUAUUCUAGUUCGCGAGCUUGAGAGCCUUGAUCAGAAUGCAUUUCCAGCUUUGCAUGCGCUCGCAGAAAGUGAACUGUUCAGGCUGCGUGGUGGCAUUGCCGAUUCAAUUGAAAUCGUCGAUAACAAGCGAGUCAAAAUUAGAGCCAAAGUGAAUAUACCCACAGAACAAUAUCCAUAUAUCAAUUUCGUUGGGAAGCUAUUGGGUCCUGGGGGUCAAACUCUCCGAAGCAUACAGGAGGAGACAAAGACUAAAAUGGCCAUUUUGGGCUCAGGCUCUCUUCGUGACGAGACCAAGGAAAAGGAGCUACUUUCUAAUGGUGACCCCAAGUAUCAGCAUUUAAAGCAAAGGCUGCAUCUUCAGAUUGACAGCCUGGCUACACCCGUUGAAUCGUAUUACAGGCUGUCCCAUGCGCUUUCU